CCCACCUCACCUCGCGUGUCCAGGCAAGCUUGUUCCAUGACAAUACCCAAACGACUUUCCGACCCUAGCCUCUACGAGAUCGAUUGUCUCUUCGAUACUGCCGCACUUUCGAACCACUCAUCGAUAAAUAGCAUCCCCUUGCACGGGACGAAAACCAGAAAAGGAAAAAGACAGAACAAACCUUUCUUGGUCGACUUCCACCAUGAUUGGACGUUUGACACAUUACGCAUUCGAUGCGGUGCUCUUCUCUGCCUUUCUCGCUGGAAUGAAGCGAUCGACCGGCCUGACUUUCAAGACGGACAGAGCUGCUGGCGAGAACAAGGACGUUUCGAAGUGGAUCGACAAGUACCUCGGCGUUGGCGAGUGGGUGAUGGAUCAGUCGGUUGCCAUCGCCGGCUCUAGCGGCUGGUUUGAACGUACGCGGUAAAUCGACGUUGAUGCAAUACCCCGAUUGACGAAUUCCUCCGUCCUUUCAUGGCGACGAUUCGUUUUCGAAACCCUCCCCUCCCCUUAUCUCCGCACACGUCAACCUCGGUCUUUGCCGCAAUACAAUGCUGGAAUUGUUGGCGGCUGCUCGGAAGAAUGUGGUAUAAGGACACCGCUCGGCGGUGUGAUGUGUUUCGUCUUUGCACGUUGGGUGGCCUGGCUCUCGUGGGUUGGUCUAUUGCCGUUCUUGAACCUCUCGCUGUCUCGCUCUCGCUCUCUCAUUCUCUAUUGGCGUUAUGGGCGAAAUUCGGACAUUCUGUAGCUGCAUUCUGUGGAUUACAAAGGAAACAAGAGUCGCCAGCCGGCAAGCUAUUGGUUUUAUCAUUAUCAGCAGCUUUUUUUCGGCAUAGGCCACAACUCGGUCUCCCCCGCGUGCUACCCGUACAACCGGGGAUUCUGGACUCCACUUUCGGGAUCGUCUUCCGCGAGACAUAGGCAUAGCCGAGGUUACCGACCAAUUCAGUGCGCCACAGUUACAGUUUCCUUGCGCUCCAGGCAACAUACCUUUGAUUGCUUCCCUCACGACGACGUCCGUCACUGCAACGUGGGGAACAAGCCAGAUCUGCAUUUGAUCGUAAAUUUCGAUUGACGCCGAUUAUCUGCGGGGUAUCCUAUCCCUGAGCUGCCUUUGCCGUGUGACUUUCCUGUACCACUUUCCUAUACCACCCUUCAAUGCAUCGGACUUGAGAUUUUCCAUGCAAACACGCGUUUAGUCGCUAGCACAUUGUCCAUGCUCUCCUACCAAUCCAUGAGAGUCUCGAUACUUUCCACCUGCGCAACUUGCCACAACAGCGGUACCUCGGCCAGCGAUGCAUUUGCCUACACUGAACCAGCAUUUGCC